UCCUAACCAAUUCCGAUCUGAGACCAUCGGUCGAGCCGAACUAUGCCUCACCUGCAAUAUUCCCAAAUAGGAGAUAUGCCGCGAUCAAUCCAUAAACAUACCUUAUAUAACAAAAAUCAUGGUAAAAAUUACCAAGCCAAGUUCUUGGGUUGCCAAAAACGACGCCAUCAAACGCAAUUUAGGAUCUCCUCCGUAUCAGAGUCGAAACCCUUUGUGAGUGUAACCCAAGUUUGUCGCAUAUGGACAAACAGGUCAUCAGCCACUACGCAUAUUUGCAUCGUUAUCAUGGAUUCGUCUCGUCUCAUUCAACAUAAUAAUGGCAAGUAUCCGUCGAAACGAGACAUCUACACAGUGGUUACAGAUUGUUCAAGGACAUCAGGUAUGAAUGAUCAGAAGACUCGGUUCAAUCUUACACUACAAUGCGAUAAUCGUAUUGGAGUAUCGCAUAAAACUGAGCAUCUGGAAGCUGUAUUCAAAAUGCUAAAACUCAAACCCGAAGAGUGAAAUAUCCGAAAAAGACAAGAGUAAAGUGCAGACUUGAUGGGCAACAACGUGAACAGCAUGUAACAAUCUAUUGAAUGAUAACAGAAGAAGAAGAAGAAGAGGAAGAGAAAACACCCCAUUUCGCGCAACAGAGAAGACGGAAUCUUCAAACAAUUCUUGCUGUGAGUUGUUUGGGCAAGCCAGGAAGGAGCACGACUUGCAAUCAUCCGCCUCCGCAUCACAUUGACUAUUGGCGUUAUGGGGCUCAACCACAUACAUUACUAUGUAAUUGCCA